UCUUGCCAGUGGCCAAAGGACACAUUUAAAUGUCUUACUUCCUCUGGGGAGCCUGGAGAGAGGCAACAGGCACCUACCACAGGAAAUCAUGUGGAGAGGAUCUCUUAUUUAAUACGGUUCCCAGAUUACUUCCCUUCCCCCAGCCUCCAACCCCCACCUCCAGCCACACCGAGUCACCCAGUUUCUUCCUGCAGCAGAGACUAGAAGGCAGUUCACCUCUGCUCCCUGAGGUCCCCGUGAGCCAACGAGCUGAAGUCUGGUCUUCGGCAACCCCACCCUCUCCGCAGCUGUGAUUGAAGGGGAGGCCCUUCAGUUUCACCUCCCCAAAGAGGUUCUUGGGAAGCUCUCCAGCACAGGGUUAAACUUCAGGAGGCUGCAAAGCACAGACGAGAAAGGCAAGGCAACUCAAACUUGAAGACAUGAAAUCCCCAAGGAGAACCACUUUGUGCUUCAUGAUUAUUGUGAUUUUUUCUUCCCAAGCUACACUGAACUUGAAUUUAGAGUCUAUUGUUUAUCCUUCGCUUCUCCAUGAACAUGAACUAGCAGGGGAGGACCCAAUAAGGCAAAAACGAGCCGUUGCCGUGAGCAGUCCUGCAGCCCAAGAGUUCACUGUCAAUGUUGAGGUCAGUUUUGAAGAUGCCUCCUUCCUGGAGCCUAGCAAAGCUUACUUGAAAAGCCUCAGUUUUCCAGUUCAAGGGGAUGACACUGACCCAGCUACCAGCAUUUUGAGCAUCGAGGUGACAACAGUCUGCAGACCUACUGGAAAUGAAAUCUGGUGCUCCUGUGAGAAAGGCUAUAAGUGGCCUCAGGAAAAGUGCCUCCACAAUCUCACUUGUCAAGGGCCUGAUGGCUCCCCUUCAGGGCAUCAUUGCAGUCUCCUUAAGGGACUGCCUCCCAAGGGACCUUUUUGCCAGCUCCAGGGGGCAGAUAUUACCCUGCGAAUGUCGGUCAGACUCAAUGUGGGCUUUCAAGAAGAACUCAAGAACUCUUCCUCUGCCCUCUAUAGGUCCUACAAGACUGACUUGGAAACAGCGUUCUGGAAGGGUUACAGUAUUUUACCAGGCUUCAAAUUGGUGACAGUGACAGAGUUCAGGCCUGGAAGUGUGGUUGUGGUGUAUGAAGUCACUACAACAGCAGCGUCACCUGAAUUAAUGCACAAAGCAAACGAGCAAGUAACACAGAACCUCAGUCAGACCUACAAGAUGGACAGCAGUUCCUUCCAGGUUACUUACAGCAAUGAAACGAAGUUCUCCAUCACCCCAGAAAUCAUCUUUGAAGGGGAUACAGUAACUCUGAUGUGUGAGAACGAAGUUUUGUCCUCCAACGUAUCCUGGCAGCACGUGGAAACAGGCUUCGACAUCCAGAACAGCAGCAGAUUCUCCAUCUACACCUACGUGCUCAACAACAUGACCUCCGUGUCUCGCCUCACCAUUUACAACAUCACGCAGGAUGAUGCGGGUGAAUAUAUUUGCAAACUGACAUUAGAUAUUUUUGAAUAUGGGUCCAGAAAAAAAAUAGAUGUUACAUCCAUCCAGAUUUGGGCAAAUGAAGACAUGAAGGUGAUGUGUGACAACAGUCCUGUGUCUUUGAACUGCUGCAGUGAGAUGACGGUGAAUUGGAGUCAAGUUGAAUGGAAGCAACAGGGGUCUGUAAGCAUUCCAGGAAGCCCUGAAACAGACGCAGACCCUCGCUGCAGCAGAUACACCCUCACGGCCAAUGGCACUCAGUGUCCGAGCAGAUUGUCUGGAACGACAGUGAUCUACACGUGUGAGUUCAUCAGCGCCCACGGAGCCAGAGGCAGUAAAGACAUAAAAGUGACAUUCAACUCUGUGGGAGAUAAUUCCAGCCACAAAGGGGAAGUGCACGAGUUCCCAAGGCAUGUGAUGGAAAUGGGUACAGUUCAGAGCACCACCGAGAACAGCCUAGAAACAAGUAAAGCUCCGGAGCAGCAAGCCAACCUAAAAAUAACCCCGGACCCAAUUUCUGUUUCUGAGGGACAAAGCUUUUCUAUAAAGUGCAUCAGUGAUAUGAGUAACUAUGAUGAGGUGUAUUGGAACACUUCUGCUGGAAUUAAAAUAUACAAAAGGUUUUAUACCACGAGGAGGUAUCCUAAUGGAGCAGAGUCGGUGCUGACAGUCAAGACCUCGACCAGGGAGUGGAACGGAACCUAUCACUGCAUAUUUCGAUACAAGAAUUCAUACAGCGUCAUGGCCAAAGAUGUCACCGUCCACCCGCUGCCCCUACAGCCCAAUAUCAUGGUUGAUCCUUUGGAAGCUGCCAUUCCAUGCACAAGCUCCCGUCACAUCAAGUGCUGCAUUGAGGAGGACAGAGACUACAAGGUCAUUUUCCAAGCUGGUUCCUCGUCCUUUCCGGCUGCAAAAGAAGUUAACGGAAAGCAAGUGUGCUACAAACACCAUUUCGUGGCAAACUCAAUUUCCUGUCCAGAAAAUAUGGAUGUGUUUUGUCACAUUACCAAUACCGCUAAUAAUUCAGUGCGGAGCCCAUCCAUGAAGCUUAAUCUGGUUCCUGGGGAGAACGUCACAUGCCAAGAUCCUAUCAUAGGUGUUGGGGAACCCGGAAAAGUCAUCCAGAAGCUUUGCCAGUUCUCUAAUGUUCCCAGAAUCCCUGGGAGUCCCAUUGGCGGGAUCAUAACUUACAGAUGUGUGGGCUCCCAGUGGAAGGUUAAGAAAAACAACUGCAUCUCUGCCCCCAUAAAUACUCUGCUCCAGCUGGCUGAGGCUUUGAUGAAGAGCCCCUCUCAGGAUGAGAAGCUCCCUUCAUACCUAAAGAAUCUUUCCAUUAGCACAAACCAGGUGAAACUUGAAGUCAAGUCAUUUCCUGGGAGCCUGGGAGCCAUUAUUAACAUCAUUGAUUUGCUCUCGACAGUUCCAACCCAAGUGAAUUCAGAAAUGAUGAUGCACGUCCUCUCCACGGUCAACGUCAUCCUCGGCAAACCCAUUUUGAAUACCUGGAUGAUGUCACAACAGCAAAAGACCAAUCAGAGCUCACAGUUACUGGAUUCAUUGGAAAGAUUUUCCCGAGCCUUGCGGUCAGAAGAUAGCACCAUCUCCCAACCUAAUGUUCAGAUGAAGAGCAUGGUCAUAAAAUCUGGCCACCCCAAAUCCUACACACAGAGCUUUGUUUUCUCAGACUCUGAGCUCUGGGGCAAUGUGACCAUUAAUGAAUGCCAGCUGGAACACCUGCAACCAGAUUCAUUUAUCGUCACCGUGGCUUUCCCAACUCUCAAGACCAUCCUCGCCCAGGAUGUCCCAGGAAAGACUUUCGCAAACAGCCUAGUGAUGACAACCACUGUCAGCCACAAUCUAACCGCGCCGUCGCCAUUCAGGAUUUCGAUGACCUUCAAAAACAACAACCCUUCGGGCGGGGUACCGAGGUGUGUCUUCUGGAACUUCAACCUCGCCAACCACACAGGGGGGUGGGACAGCAGCGGGUGUUAUGUUAAAGAAGUCACCGAGGACAGUGUGUCCUGCAGCUGUGACCACCUCACAUCCUUCUCCAUCCUCAUGUCCCCUGAUUCCCCGGACCCUGAUUCUCUCCUGAAGAUCCUGCUGGAUAUCAUUUCCUACAUCGGGCUGUGCUUUUCCAUCUUGAGCUUGGCGGCCUGCCUCGCUGUGGAAGCCAUGGUGUGGAAAUCGGUCACCAAGAACCGGACUUCCUCCAUGCGCCACAUCUGCAUCGUGAACAUCGCGGCCUCCCUUCUGGUCGCCGACGUCUGGUUCAUCGUGGCCGCCGCCGUCCACAACUACCGCUACCCGCUCAACCAGACGGCCUGUGUGGCUGCCACCUUCUUCGUCCACUUCUCCUACCUCAGCGUCUUCUUCUGGAUGCUGACUCUGGGCCUCAUGCUCUUCUACCGGUUGGUUUUCAUCCUGCAUGACACGAGCAAGUCCAUUCAGAAGGCCAUUGCGUUUUCUCUUGGCUACGGUUGCCCUCUGGUCAUCUCCGUCAUCACGGUGGGGGCCACCCAGCCCCGGGAGGUCUACACGAGGAAAAAUGCCUGUUGGCUCAACUGGGAGGACACCAAGGCCCUGCUGGCCUUCGUUAUCCCAGCACUGAUCAUUGUGGUGGUCAACGUGACCAUCACGGUCGUGGUCAUCACCAAGAUCCUGAGACCUUCCAUCGGGGACAAGCCGAGCAGGCAGGAGAAAAGCAGCCUGUUCCAGAUCACCAAGAGCCUUGGGGUCCUCACACCGCUCUUGGGGCUCACCUGGGGUUUCGGUCUCGCCACCGUGUUCCAGGGGAGCAAUGCUGUCUUCCAUAUUGUAUUUACCCUCCUCAAUGCCUUCCAGGGAUUAUUCAUUUUACUCUUUGGAUGCCUUUGGGAUCAGAAGGUACAGGAAGCCUUGCUGAAUAAGUUUUCACUGUCGAGAUGGUCUUCACAGCACUCAAAGUCCACAUCCCUAGGUUCAUCCACUCCAGUAUUUUCUAUGAGUUCUCCAAUAUCAAGAAGAUUUAACAAUUUGUUUGGUAAGACAGGAACAUACAAUGUUUCCACCCCGGAAAUAACCAGCUCAUCCCUGGAAAACACAUCCAGUGCUUAUUCAUUGCUCAACUAAGAACAGGAGAAUCCAGCCCAUGGAACCUCUUGGGGAACAGUGGACGUUCUCUGAAAAAGAGAUCCUUACCAAGCCAUGGAUAAAAUGUUUUCUCCGCAGGCUUCAGGGAACAGAUGCUGAAGAGACUUUUUCAUUAGGGAAGGGGCUUUCUUUUGUAAAUACAGACUAAAAGGAAUUGUUACAUUUAUGUUGCAGCCCUACCCCCACCCCUUGUGUGAUACCGAAUGUGUAUAGUAUUUAAGUGAAACUCAAGCCAACUUCUCUGUCUAUAUUGUAAAAUAGAAUUUCAGAGACAUUUUUACUUUUCACACCCUGGGCCCAAAGAUAACCUUUGAUUAAAAUAAUAAGUGAAAGGCUAGGACCUAGGAAAUACUUCAGUGAAUUCUAGGAAGGAAGGAAGGAAGGCAAGAAGAAAGGAAGAAAGAAGGGAGAGAUGGAGGAAACUAGAAGGAAAAGAAAAAAAUAGAGAACAACAUAAGGACCAUAUUUUAAGAUUUCCAUGUUAAUGACCUAAUACAAUUGCUUCUCAGGUGCUGCAACACUGAAAAUUCAAAAAUGACUCCAAAAUGGAAAUGGAAAAUUAGCCGUGGAGAAACUUCAAUAUCUUCCUGGUAUUUCCUUAGUUAAGAGGGACCAAAAAAAACCACAAAAGCAAUGAAAAAAUUAGGGAGGAAAUUAUAUCAAAGAUGCUUUCAAGUGGAUGAUAAUAUUUACAAGAAAUUCAUGGAAGAAGACAUGAUUCUCCUGAUGCUAAACAUAUACACAUAUGCUACUGUAUGUUAAGGUUGGAGCUAAGUGGAAUGAAUAGACAGAGAAAGUGUGAUGGCCAUGCCUUAUUAGAUCACAGCAGACCAACUGCUGAUUACACUUUUAUAGUUUAGCAGAAAAGGCUUAUGUUUUGCUUCCACUUUUUGAAAGCAAAAAAAAUAUAUUUUUAUAUCCAUUCAUUUCCAAAUGUGAUAUAUUGCACUGAAAUACAGAACCCCCUCUACUGUCAUAUAUUAACAGCUUUAACCAGGUACUUUUCUGUGCAUGAUAGAAUAGAUUUUCAUGACCUUACAGCAUUGUAUAUUAUUAUUGUUGUAGUUACUGUGGAUUUAGGGGCCCUGGGUGUGUUGUAUAGCUCUCUAUGUAUUAAUUCUUUCAGUUCCUAAGUUCCUAGACCAAUAUACAUUAAGAGUUUUCUACUG